UAAAUAUAGAUAUUUUUUCAUACUUUUUGUCGUAACAAAAAAACGUAAUUAAAUAACAGUCCUAUACAAAUUAUUCCUAGUAUCUUAGUAGAAAUAGCGUUUAAAAAAAUAAAAAUCAAACAUCAAAAAUCAAAUGAAAUUUUACAAAUUAAACUAACUAGUAAUAAUAGUUUCAAAUUAUUAAACCCCCAACAUUCCCUUCUCAACAAGAAAAAAGACCCUUAACAUUUCCUUGAUGACACACUUGUCAUUUUAAUAAUGCCUAUGCCAUGUCACACUUCUUUUUCCUCUAUAAAGGAGUGGAUUUGCACAAAUGUCACCACCACAGAAGUUCAUCAACCUUCUCCCCUAAAAAAAAACUUCACUUGAGUUCCAUCUUAAGUGCGGAAAAAAGAAGAAGAAAAUAAAUAUGUCACUAAAAAUAGUAGCUGAGAAAUCACCAAUAAAGAAAAGUGUGGAGGUAGUGGUGAUUAGAGAGUAUGAUGAGAAGAAAGACAAAGAAGAAGUGGAAGAAUUAGAGAGACAAUGUGAGUUUGGGCAACAACAAGGCAAUCCUUCACUCAUCACUCAUCUAUUGGGUGAUCCUCUUGGAAGAAUACGCCAUUUUUCCACUCGUAUUAUGAUGGUUGCAGAAUUUGGAGGAGAAAUUGUUGGGGUGAUAAGAGGAGGUAUAAAAGACGUUACAAGGGGAAAAAAGGCUGCUGAUCUUCCAGUUUAUGUCAAGCUAGCUUAUAUUCUAGGCUUACGAGUAUCUCCCAUGCACAGGCAAAAAGGUAUUGCUACAAAGUUGGUUAAGAAGUUGGAGGAAUGGUGUAAAGAAAAAGAGGUAGACUAUGUUUACAUGAUGACUGAUUGUGCCAAUGAAGCUUCAAUCAACUUAUUCAACUACAAACUUAAUUACACAAAAUUUUGCACCCCAACCGUAUUGGUACAACCAGUACAUGCUCAUCGAAAACCUAUAAGUUCUGGCACAGCCAUUGUUCGAGUACCACCACUAGUAGCUGAGUCGAUCUAUGGAAGAAUCUUCACCAAUUCAGAGUGUUUCCCAAAGGACAUAGGAUCAAUAUUAUCAAGCAAGCUUCACUUGGGAACCUUUGUAGGGGUACCUAAGAAGUACCUACAAAAAUGGGAUCCUUUAAAGGGACUUCCACCUUGCUUUGCUAUAAUGAGUGUUUGGAACACUAAGGAAAUCUACCAAUUACAACUAAAAGGUGUGUCUAAGCUAACAAAGGCUUGUUGUUUAGGAAGUAGGGUUUUAGAUGCUCAUAUGCCUUGGCUCAAGGUGCCUUCAAUACCAAACAUGUUUAAACCCUUUGGAUUCUAUUUCUUGUAUGGCCUUCACUUGGAAGGGAAAGGUUCUUUAGGUUUGAUGAAGAGUCUAUGCAACUUUGCACACAAUAUGGCUAGGGAUGACGUGGCAUGUGCGGCUGUCGUUGCUGAGGUGGCACAGUGGGACCCAGUUUCUGAGGCUAUCCCACAUUGGAAGAGAUUUUCAUGGAGUGAAGAUUUGUGGUGUAUGAAGAAACUUCAAAAGAAACAAGGCAUCGAUGAUUCUCAACCGUUGGAUUGGAGUACUUCAUCGUCAUCAUCAAUGCUCUUCGUUGAUCCACGAGAUUUUUGAUCUCUCCCAAAACAAACCAACCAAAAAAAGUUGAAAAAAAUUUCUUCUUUUGGCAGUAAAAUAGUAAAUCCCCCCAACCAACCACGAGAUUUCGUGUCUAUUUAUGAUAUGUUGUUGGCCAACAAGAUGUGCAUGUAAAUAGUGUUUAUGUUGUGCAAUUGGCAUUCCAAGGUGUGCAUGUAAAUAGUGCAUCUAAGAACACCAAAGAAAAUUAGAUUUAGGAGUGAGAGACUUAUAAAAGUUCUCUUUUUCUUCUUUACCACAAUUAUUCUCUUACUGGUAUGAUGAGUAAAGAAUGUAACGUCUCGCAUAAAUCUAUCUAUCUAUCUAUAUAAGUAUAUAAUGUGUUGACUAAAAGAAAGUCGGAAUAAAACAUUUAUAAGCAGAUUUAAUUACACUUGAAGGGAAGAUAAGGAAGAAAAGAGAGAGAUUUCUACAUUUCGUAACGUGUGUCCGGAAAUCAAAUAUGAUAAUUCGACCCGAAGCAUGAAAUUGAUGAAAUGAGACCAUUUGGUGCUCAUCCACGACAGCUGCAUAACACUGUUGAUAGAGAUCAAGUUCUCCAGUCAGAAGAA